UAAUUCGUGGUGGACCUCCGCGAGCGAGGGGUCGGAUUGGAGGAGAGAGAGAGUUGAUAUAUCGGCACAGGCGGAGGAGGGAGUCAAUGGUCGACGACUCCGACACUUGUACGGCGUCUCCGCCAAGAAGACGUAGCGCAUAGCGAAGGGGAAGAAAGAAGGAUGGGGCAUGCGUCUGGGUCCUGCUUCUCGCCGCGCCUUUUAGUUUGACGACGACGACGCCGUGAUCAGCGAGCGUGGAACGUGCUAGGAGAAGGGUUUGGAUUGGUCGACGCCGAUUCCGAAAGUUGAUGAUAGCAAAAUGGUGAUUUCUUUUUAAGGUUCUUCUCGAUUUCGGCCGGAAGAAUCGGAGUAGUAUUGAUGCUAGAAAUGCUCGUCCGCGACUGAAUGGGCGAGGAAUCGAUCUUUGUAGUUUAAGGACAUAUAAAUCCUGGUGUUGGAGUUCGAUCGCUGGUGUGCUUGUUGUAGAUUCUUCGGUGCCAGGCCGGUGGGAGGGGAUUUCUGGAGUUCUGUGAUAAAAGAUGGAUCUACGAAUCGAAGGUAGAGAGAUUCGGCGAAGUGUAACGCUGUCGGAGCAAUUAUCUGUCAACGACUCCUCCAGUCUCCGGGACCUCCUCAAGCAACGGGAAGAGGAGGUGACGCGCCUCUCCUGGCGCGAUUCAUUGACGCUGGAAUCGGCUAUCGGGUGCGAAGAGAAAGAUGAUUCCGCCACCUCUGGUGGAGACGGCGUCGGCGGAAGGACGCUUCUUGAUAUCAUCCUACAAGAGCAAGAGGCUAACGGCGUGGCGGCGGCGGACAGGGACUCCAGCAACUCCGCCGCGUGGAGGACCUUAAGGGACCAUUUUCGUCUCCAAAGUGACGGCUCCGCCUCCCUUGGCCAGCUUUUUCCAAUCUCGAACCCUGAGGCAGUUGACUCCGGCCACCCCAGUGUCCUCGUCUCCCCGUCCCCCUCAGACUCCAAUCUUAACUCAGAGCUUGCGGUCAAUGCCGUGGCAGCUGCGGGAGAGACCCCACCACAACCACAACUACCCUUGACCAGCGAAGAGGGAAACGAAGUCAUCAAUGCCGGUGAAGACUCUGAUCCGAGCGGCGGCACGGUAUUGACCGCCCCAGCUUCUGAGCCCGAGGAGGAGGAGGAAGAGGAGCCGGCUAGAGUGUCCUUGAUGGCGCUACUGGAGCAGACCGACCGUCAAUGGAGCGGAAGCGGGAUGGAGGGGCUAUCCCUGGUGACAGCGGCGGCCGAUGCGGCGGUGGAGGACGAGGCGGAGAGCGGCGGAGGAGCUACGUCGUUUAUGUGUUGUGUAUGUAUGGUGAGGCACAAAGGAGCAGCCUUUAUCCCCUGCGGCCACACCUUCUGCCGCAUCUGUUCGCGCGAGCUCUGGAUCAUCCGUGGCAGCUGCCCUCUCUGCAACCGUGAAAUUCUUGAGAUCCUCGACAUCUUCUAAUGCCUCCUUCCAUUCUCCAUUUCCGGCCACCGUCACUGCCAAAUCUAUGGUCAUUGCUCCUCUUGCGGUAAUCUAAUACAUAGUUUUUGAUCAGGGAUACCAAACUGGAAAUUGAUAUCCAAGCUAAUGAUUUUAAUGUUCUACUUGAUUCCUAUUUAAUGCCAUUGGAGCUGUAUUCUUGUCAUGCAACUUUACAAUUUAUUUGUGAUAAUGGUGAUUAGCUAAAUUAGUUAUGAUUAUAUGAUCAAUUUGAUCCCCUUCUGAUGAACAAUUUGUUAAACAUGUAAAGGAUUCAUGUUUGUGCUUGUCUUAGUGAUGUUGAGCUUUUGUUUGGAGUACUUGUUACCAUGUUAGGGUUUGUUGAUUCUCAAGAGUUGUAUUCUCCAAUUGUACUCUUGUAACAUUUGUAGAUCCAGAACCAAAUCACAUAAAUCUCUCGCGUUUUUUAUUGUU